AGCUUUGAGCUACGAAGAAAAUCACAACUGGAAACCGGCUAGCUUAACUCUAGAGCGGUUAAGCUAGCCGACGUGACUGUGCGUGCUUACGUCAGAGGGCGGGUCCAAACAAAGGACAGAGGGGACUCCACAAUGGGAGACAGUUUCUCGGAGCAGCUGAUGGAGGACAGCAGCUUCCUGAAAGCUGACCGGAGGCUGGACACGGAGCUGGUGGACAAAGUCAUCCUGCAGCUGAACAGAAUCUACCCGCAGAUCCUCACUGACAAGGAGGCCACCAAAUUCAGGAACUUGGACGUCCCGACGAACGUUCGUCUGGGUGAGCUCCUGACACACCUGCAGAGGAAAGGUGAGGAGGCCUGCAGAGAGUUUUACAGAGCCCUGCACCUGCAUGUGGAGGAGGUUUAUUACAGCUUACCCACACGGCUUCGCCUCAGAGACUCCUUGGAUCCACUAACAUCCCCAUCUGUCAUCCAGCAGCGUUAUGUUUUAAACGACAGAGGUCCCCUCUUUUUUCUGGGAAGUUUCAGCUUUGCUGUUGGAAUUGCUUUACUUUAUUACUACAGCGAAUCUAAAUUGUCUGGGGGGAGUCGGGCUCUUGGGAUGGCUGCUCUUGGUUUGAAAAGAAAAGCUCAAGAGGUUCUUAUAUGGUACACAGAGGAAAGCUUCAUAAAGUAGCAGACUGAGACUUCAGUGUUAUCCCUCCAAGUCACAGAGCAAUCGCCUUUUUUGUGGACCAUUGCCUCCAUCUUGUGGACAAAAGAGGAACUACAUUAAAAUAUUUGUUUUAGUUAUGUAAACGAACGCGACACGUUUUUGUCAAUUGAUUUUCCCCGUUUGCCAGAUAAAAAAUAAACAAUAACAUUUUUUUAUAUUAUUUAGGUAAAGAAGACGUAAAACGCGUUUCAUAAGUAAUAAAGUUGUUUGCGAUACCUCCGGCCAAUGAAAACCCGCUGUUCAAGCGCAAAGCAUUAUGGGUAAGGGCGUUCCUUUAGGAAACGAUUAAACACUGUUUUACGUGUUAUUAAUAUGAAAUAUUAAGCCCGGGGGAACACUUAACUUAUGUUGAUAUAUAUGUAUGUUUCAUCUGCAGCUUUUGGACGUAAACCAUGAAGGAAACGGCUGUUUAUAAGCGCGGGGUUUAUAUUCUGCUGGUCGACACGCCUCUCAUGUGUUGUAUGAAAGGAGAGAAGGUUAGCACUCCCCUUGACAAGGAUGGAAAUGGCCAUGUGGCCUGCAACACACAUACGGUUAAGGCACUGCCACCUACUUCGUGGCAUCUCUAACCAAGUUUUUUUGCGAAUAAAAAAAUGUUUUGCAAAUUAAAAAAAUAAAUAAAUAAAAAAUCUGCGUCGCCUAUAAAGUUUGAGGUUAAAAAAAACUGUUUUUAGUCCACACAGUGCCUUCACUUUUCCAGUGUGGAACUAUGGGAGCGGAAGCGUGACUCGUUUUCCCCGUGUGCUGCUCGUUUCCGGUCGGGUGAACUCAUGCAGGAAAAGAAAUUAUAUAUUUUUUUCCUGUUGAAAUGUGGACACUGACAUAAGUCCCCGAACCCUCUGGGGGAAAAUAAAGUUUAGUUUGUGUUCGAAAACAACACACAGAGAAAUAUGUCCCAAAUAAUGCAUAUAUUUACACUCAACAAGCAUUUUUUCGUCAACUUAAUAAGCUGAAUUUGUUGACAAAGCCAUGGAAUAAAUGUGUAUUUGAUUUAUUCUUUAUAAUAAAUAUCAUUGCUUUAUCUGUACUAUAUAUUUUAAAAAGUUAUUAUUAUUGUGAAGGUAAAAAAAAAACACAAGGGGUGCUAGAAAAUACUUUUUUCUUCAUGUGUUUUUGUUUAAGGGAAAUGUUUUGGUUUGGGGAAAUGUUGGACAUUAUAUUUACUCUUGGGGAAAAAAUGCCUUUAAGUGCCGACAUUGUAAUAAGUAUACAGUAAAACUGAGGCUGUGUACUCUAAGUUUACUUUUUAUAUACUAUCCAUAUGUAGUAAACUUACAAUGUUGUAAUUUUG